AUGAAGUUCCAGAUCACGUCCUUCCGCGCAGCGGCGCUUGUCGCCCUCAUUGCGAGCGCUGAAGCCGCCAAACAUAGCCAUGGCCAGAGCCAUAACCACGAGAGUCGUGAUGUGGCUAUGGCAAAGAGGAGUGGAAAGUGCGAGUUUCCCUCCGACGCUGGCCUGGUUGAGAUCACCCCAAAUGAGCAAAACGCCGGUUGGGCUAUGAGCCCCGACGAGCCCUGCAAACCUGGCAACUACUGCCCUUACGCCUGCCCUCCUGGUCAGGUGUCUAUGCAGUGGGAUCCCAAGGCGACGUCCUACUCUUACCCUAUGUCCAUGAGGGGUGGUCUGUACUGUGACGAUGACGGCAAAAUCCACAAGCCCUUCCCCAACCGUGACUACUGUGAGUCGGCCACUGGUGUUCUCAAGGCCCACAACAAGGCUGGAAAGUCUGUCUCUUUCUGCCAGACUGUACUGCCCGGAAACGAGGCUAUGCUUAUCCCUACCAUGGUUGAUACGCUGGCCGAUCUGGCCGUGCCCGGCAUGUCCUACUGGUGCUCCACUGCUGCCCAGUACUACAUCAACGCUCCUGGUGUCACCGCCGAGGAAGGCUGUAUCUGGGGUACCUCCGCGAACCCCGUCGGUAACUGGUCCCCAUACACCGCCGGUGCCAACACCGAUGACAGUGGAAACACCUUCCUGAAGAUCGGCUGGAACCCUAUCUACUUGGAAGCCUCCACGCCCUUCCGCAAUGUCAAGCCCGACUUCGGUAUCGAGAUUGAGUGUGAAGGUGACGGCUGCAACGGUCUGCCUUGCAAGAUCGACCCUGCUGUCAACGACGUCAACGAGAUGAUCGGUACGCCCUUCGUUGGCGCUGGCGGCGCCACCGGCUGCGUCGUGACCAUCCCCAAGGGCGAGACCGCGCACAUCAUCGUCUUCGAGAAGGAGGGUAACGGCAGCACCUCGUCUGAGACCAUUGAGGUUUCCACUAGUACUCCUACCCCCACUAGCAGCUCCAGCACCACCACUAGCUCCAGCACCACCACCACUACCACCACCACCACCACCACCACCACGAGCACUACCACUAGCACCUCGACCACCACUCAUACCCCGACCAGCACUAGCACCAGCACCACUGAGACAUCCACCUCCACCUCCACCUCCACCUCUACUCCCUCGUCGACUUCAACCUCGACUCCCACUUCUACCGCUAGCUCCACCUCUAGCUCCACCUCUACUGCUAGCUCCACUUCCACGACUUCCGUGUUGAGCAUCACUAGCCCCAGCGCCUACCUAUCCAAGUCGAGCUCGACACUAAGCUAUACCUACCAGCCGCACGUUCUGACCGGUUCUGCUGACAUCCAAGCGGCCUCCAAGACGACCGCUGCCGCUGCCGCUGCGUCCACAUCUUCCACCACUGGCGGUGCUACUAGCGCCACCGUCUCCAUGCUGACUCUGGCCUUCGGUGCCCUUGCCGCCAUGGUCGUGAACUUGUAA